AUGAGUGCCCUGGGUAUCUAUGUGCUGACCUUUAACUGUGCGAGGGAAUUCGUCGAUCCCGAUGUAUUCGCAACGCACUUCUUCGACGCUCUCCCCGCGGGGAGCCCCGCGCCGGACAUAAUCGCCCUCUCAUUACAGGAGAUCGCCCCGAUUGCCUAUUCAUUCCUCGGCGGAUCGUAUCUCGCACCCUACUUUACUGAGUUUCGCCGAACGGUGCACAAGGCCUGUGCACAGAAAUGGAAUGACGACUACGUGAACUUCCUUACCGACCAUACGGGUAUGACUGGGUUGAUGCUGUUUGCUCGCCAUGAGACCCUCGAGAAGGUUGCCUGGAAAGACACCGCCCAUGUCGGGGUCGGGGUCGCUGAAAUGGGGAACAAGGGCGCAGUGGGUGCCCGUCUUGGAUAUGUGGUUGAAGGACAUCCAGCCAAGACGAUCGAUCUGACUUUCGUCGCGGCGCAUCUCGCCCCGAUGGAGGACUCGUACGAGCAACGGAACCUGGACUGGAAGAGCAUUGUUGAGCGACUGGUAUUCACGCCUGAGACGUCAGGAUCGGAGGUGAAUGAGCGAUCACGCCUCCUCGACGAUACGGCUUCAGCCCACUCGGAGGGCAGUCAACAAGACCUGUUCGCGCCAAAUGCGUACAUCUUCUUCGCGGGAGAUCUGAACUAUCGCACGUCGAACAUCGGGCCUACGAUCGGGGAAAUUGUCCAAUUCCCGCGUCGCAACGCAGAGCUAGACGAUCCCACCCACUAUUCCCACCUCUUCAAGCACGACCAACUGAUCCGCGAGAUGAGUUCCGGACGGACCUUCCACGGUCUCUCCGAAGCGCCGAUCGACUUCCCUCCUACAUACAAGUACUCCAACGCAGCGCGCAAGGCUGCCGCUUUGGGCGAGAGGACGGAGUGGAAAUGGUCGAAUCACCGAUGGCCCAGUUGGUGCGAUCGAAUCUUGUUUUUGGACUCACCGCCGCAGGUCGGUGAGGCGGGCAAGGUCCAACCGCUCGCAUAUAAUGCACUGCCACUCUUUGCACAGUCAGAUCAUCGUCCGGUUGCGCUGUCUGCGUCGGUGCCGCUGACUGGUGAUCACGACCCCGCGCUCGGGCUGCGAGCUGUGGCUCCGUUCGCCAUUGAUCCGGACUGGAAGGGGAAGCGAGACGCAGCGCGUCGGCGGGAGGUGGUUGUCGGUGCUGUUGCGUAUUUGGGACUGACUAGAGAAGGAAACGGGUUGUUGCUGGCUUCGGUGUUGGGUAUCUUCGGUGCCUGGUUCAUUCUGCGAUCGAUGCUGGAGAUUUGA